AUGAAGACAUUUACUUCAAUCGCAUUGCUUGCUGCAGGCGCUACAGCUCAGGUUAUUGAGGGUGCAAGCUUUGGCUUUGGCAAAACUAUUUCCCCAAGCCGAGACUCGAUUCCAGGAUGGAACAUUAAUGGAGAGGGCUUUGACACAUCUUUGCUAUCCGACAAACUCAUCCUAACCCCUCCCUACCCCGGAAACGUGCGAGGGUCAGCCUGGGCCCAGAACCCUAUUUCGCAGUCUGAAUGGGCCGCCGAGUUUCAAUUUCGAGCUACUGGCCCCGAGCGAGCUAGCGGAAACCUCCAGUUAUGGUACACAAAGGAUGGUCAGGCUCGCGUUGGCACAUCUAGCAUCUAUACUGUGGGCCCCUUUGAUGGAUUCGCCCUGGUGAUUGAUACACAUGGUGGAAGGGGUGGAAGUAUUCGUGGAUUCUUGAAUGAUGGAACAACAGAUUACAAGACCCACCGCAGCGUCGAUAGCCUGGCAUUCGGGCACUGUGACUACGCAUACCGAAACUUGGGUCGUCCCUCGGUGGUGAAGCUCAAGCACACCAACUCGUUCUUCGAGGUCACCGUGGACGACAAAGUCUGCUUCUCGACCGACAAGGUCGGUCUCCCAGCCGGAAACACCUUCGGUAUCACGGCUGCCACCCCCGAGAACCCCGACUCCUUCGAGAUCUUCAAAUUUGUCCUGGAAUCCGCGACCGGCCAGACUAUACCUCAAGGAAACCCCCAGCAAGAGCAGCAGCAAGAGCAGCAGCCCAUUGCAAGCCAGAACACCCCACCGGUGGUCCAAGCAGGUUCUGAAAAGGACUACUCAGCCCAAUUCUUCGAUUUGGGCAACCGCAUCCAGCUCCAGAGCAAAGCCACCAACGGCAUCGCCCAGGAUAUCAAGGCGCUGGUGACGAAGAGCGAGUCCCGCCACGGCGAGAUCCUCCGCAACACCGUAUCAAAGGACCAGUUCAACUCCCUCGAUAACCGGCUUCAGCGCAUCGAGACGCUGCUCCAGAAUAUUCAGCGAGACUUGGAGGGCAAGGACUACAGCAGUAACUUCAACAAGCUCCACGAUACUCUGCGGUCUUCGCAUCUCAGCUUGCGGGAGAAUCUGCAGGAUCACUUCCUCAAUGCCAUUACUGCUUCGUCUCCUCGUAUGGGCUUCUUUAUUUUCCUGGUCAUUGCAUUCCAGGUUCUCCUCGCCGUGUCAUACGUGGUUUACAAGCGUCGCCGCGCCAACAUGCCCAAGAAAUUUCUAUAA